CCCUGCUGUAGAUCCUCGUGGUGGGAUCAGUGAAUCAAUGUCUUGUUCACUCCUGGCAUACAGCAUGAUGUCAUCCAUGCAGAGGAGGUGGCUGAUGAUUGCUCCAUUCUGUAGUCGGUAUCCAUAGCCAGUCUUUUUAAUGGUUGCACUGAGGGGGGUUCAAAUCUAUGCAGGACAGCAGUGUUCACAGGCCACCUCCUUGGUACAGCCCACACUUUAUGAAUUGGUUUCGAUGUGCAGAUUAGAACGUGACUUAAAGCAGGGUGUUCGGACUGAUCACUUCAGACAUCUUCUGAAACAUCAGGAUCAUCAGGUCUACAGUGAAGUCAACAUGAAGACUCUCAGCCUGACAGUGGGACUGCUGCUCGUGCUGUUCACUGCGUACUACGAUGCCUCUAAGGCAGUGAAUUCACCUGACUUUUGCUGUUUUGAAUUCUUUGACAAACGGAUCCCAAAGGCGCACAUCGUCAACAUCACCAAAACUCACAGUCAGUGCUCCACACCAGCAUUUGUGGUCGAGACACCCAAAAGGCUUUUGUGUGUGAAACAGUCUGAGGAUUGGGCACUGAGAGAAUUUGUCAAAAGAGCACAAUAAAUGCAUCAAAAAUCUGCCAUGGCUCCAAUAAAUGUCACAAGCCAGAAAUCAUCGGUCACUGCAUAAAACUGCUUUGUAGACUCGAGGCAAUGCUGGAGUUUCAAACCUUUGCACAACUUACUCGCUUAAAUACUGUAACUUUUAAUGAAGAGAGAAUGAAUUUAUUUUUUCUGUGUUUUCAAAUGUUUGCAAAUCACAAAUUCAGUUCAACUAUUUGGGUAAAAUUUUAAACCUCAGAUAAAUUAAUUUCAGUAUUUAGUAUAUGGACAAAAGUAUUGGGACUCUUUGAAUUCAGGUGUUUUCAGUCUUGUUGCCACAGGUGAAUGAAAUCAAACAUAGUUAACAACGGGUCAUUCUAAAGCACUCCGUGAGCUCGACUGUGGCACUUCAUGACAUUUCUUCCCUCCUUGAUCAUCUGUAAAUGAUAUUACAGCAAACUGAAAGUGCUUAAGAACCACAGAAAUUCAAAACCACCUCCAGACUUAAAGUCUCCUUGCAGGUUUGAUCCACUGUGGUUUCACUUCCUCUGCUAUUUAUCUCCUUACACACUCAUUUUCCUGGCACUAAUCUCUAACGCAGAGUUAAAAACAGUUUUAAAUGGUUUUGAUUCCUCAGACUUUCAGAUUAUUUACAGAUUCAGAUGAAAAUUGUGCACAAAUUAGAGAUGUUCUCAUACUUUUGGAUCCAGCUGUAUAUAUAACAAGUAUUGAAACAUUUUUCAUCAUUUUCAUUUUUUUCACUGUCUUCAUUGUUAUGCAGCUACAGUAUAUCUGAAGCACUUAUAAAUCACUCUGUAUCGCUCUGCUUUAUUCUUCAUUAAAGUUGCAUUUCAUAAAACUAAA